CACUACGUAAACUUAACCAUACUUUGAUUCAAUUCGCGCGUUCUUUCGUAAAACGUGAUCAUACGAAUCACGAUCUCGAAAUCAUGAUUGCGAAGUAGCCGAAAGAAAGCGCCUAUUAUUAGGGUUAUGAACGUCAUUCUGAUUGCUUUCAAAUUUCGUUUGUAAUGUUUUGACAGGAAAAGGCAUUCUCUAGAAAAACCACACAAGAGAUAAUCACCAUAUAAACAUAACAAGUGUCCACAGUAUGCAACAAUUAUUAUAUACUCUCAUCGAUAUCUGACAAAAUGUAUGUGUGGGGUAGUACCGUGCACGGAGAGUUGGGCCUUGGUGGUAUCGAAGACGAACACAUAUUAGCGCCGCGACCAUUGGAGUGGUUUGGUGCCAACAAUAUCCAAGAAGCAGCCUGCGGCGAUUCCCACUCUUUGCUGCUAACGAAAGAAGGCAAAGUAUACUCGUGCGGAAACAACGACUAUGGGCAAUUGGGACACGAACAGCCAAGAAAAAGGCCACGUAUGUCAAUGUGUAAUCAGGUACUUGCCCUCGACGCGUAUCGGAUAUCGCAUGUUGCUUGUGGACAAUCCCACUCGAUGGCGCUUAAUGAAUGGGGACAAAUUUUCACCUGGGGCUCAGAUAUUCACGGACAGUUAGGACAUCAACUCGGCCAACAGACUCAACCAGUUCCAAAAAUUUUGAAAGCUCUGGCUACACUUCAUGUUGUUCAAAUUGCGUGUGGUCAUAAACAUUCCAUUGCCUUAACUAGCGGCGGUGACAUUUACACUUGGGGUGCGAAUGAUCACGGUCAGUUAGGAAUUGGCACAACCACACCUUCAGAACCAAGUCCCACACUGGUUUCCGCCCUGGCAGGAAUCCCCAUUGCGCAAAUAGCCUGCGGUAGCUAUCACACGUUUGCAGUUUCCAAGUCGGGCGCAGUUUUCGGAUGGGGGAAGAACUCUCGCGGUCAAUUAGGGUUGAACGACACCGUCUCCAAGUCUUUUCCUGUACAACUUCGAACUCUUAGGUCUAUUAAAGUUAGAUCCAUUGCUUGUGGCGACGAAUUUUCUACCUUUUUAACUUUGGACGGUGGAGUUUUCAGUUGUGGUGCCGGAAUGUAUGGUCAACUCGGUCAUGGGAACACGGCAAAUGAGAUACUUCCAAAAAAGGUUUUAGAAUUGAUGGGCUCUACCAUAACUCAAGUAACAUGCGGCGGUCGUCACACUUUAGCCCUAGUUCCUUCCCGAAGUCGAAUAUACAGUUUCGGUUUAGGCGGUUCUGGACAAUUAGGCGGAAAUAAUCCGGCCAACGCCGUAACUCCGCAAGUUGUGCUUGGCCCGUGGGUGUCAUCGAGCGGAUCCUCUCUAAUCAAUCACUCUAGUCAACCGCAAUGUGUGAUAUAUCGAAUUUUUGCGGGCGGAGACCAUUCGUUUGCAACUGUUACCGAUAGAAGCGAAGACAUUUCUCCAUUCGACUCUAGGGAAAUUCAGCCGAAAAUGCAGAUUCUGGAACUAAAUUAUGAACACCUGCACAGCUGUUUGACGAUACCAUCGAAUGGAACGGUUGAUCAAGAAACAAUGCUAUACUUAGAAACUGUAUUUAAAAGUUUGGCUUGCAUUAAUGGUUCUUUUUUGCUAAACAAUGAUGAGCACUACUGCUGCUCGAGCAAGCACCACGGCAUUAAUUUGGAGAUGACCGAAAAAACGUUUUCUUUGAUUGGGCAAUGUGAAAAUCAAAGCAUCAAGGAUUUGAUUUGGGCUUCCGUCACUGAAGAUCUACUAGGAAAAUUAGUUUCAUCGCCCCCUGACGUGGAAACACUACGAAUUUAUCUCUCAUUGCCGUUUUAUCAUGAAUUUAAUAACUGCAAACAGUACCAUAAAUUGCACAAGAAGUUUGCACAUAACGUAUUGAGACUGCAGCCGGCCGCGCAACGAGUGGUCGCAUUGUGGUGGAGCACCCUCAGAUUUGAUUAUUUUGAACGGCUGGUCAGCAAUUUUAAAAAUGUCGUCUGUUUUAUCAUUAGAAAUCAAAAUAUACAGCCUAAUAAGACAAUUUCCUACGAUGCGAACUUGGUUUCCAUGCUAGAUGUUUUGAUGUUUCUUCAUAAGAUUAAUUGCAACAUGGAAAAAACAAAGAUUUCGUAUGACACCUUCCAUCUACCAGAACUGUCCGAGUUCUUGGAUGUUCGAGUUGAUUAUAUUUUAUGGCUUACUGAUAACUCCAAUAAAUUGUUUCUAUGCAAUUAUCCAUUUCUGUUUGAUGCGAAUGCGAAAGUAGAACUUCUGCAAACCGAUCAAUCUAUACAGAUGCAAUCGGCCAUGAAUGCUGCAGCAACAAGAGCUUUUAUGUCGAUGAUGUUUCAACCUAAUGCGCUUAGUGGAAUACAGCAGUUUUUAGUACUUAAUGUCACACGUGAAGCUAUAGUAGCCGACACACUUAGAGAAUUAAUGGAAGUCGAUAGUCACGAUUUAAAAAAGCCCUUAAAGAUAAAAUUUUACGGGGAAGAAGCUGAAGAUGCGGGUGGUGUUAGGAAAGAAUUCUUCAUGUUGCUGUUGCGUGAAAUUUUGGAUCCCAAAUAUGGCAUGUUCAAAGAGUAUGAAGAGACGAGAACAAUUUGGUUUACAGAAAAUCCUUUUGAAGAUAGCGUGAUGUACUUAUUAAUUGGUUUAAUAUGCGGAUUAGCAAUUUAUAAUUUUACAAUAAUUGAUUUGCCGUUUCCUUUGGCCUUAUAUAAAAAAUUACUAAAGGAAUCGGUUACAUUAAGUGACCUAAAAGAUUUAACACCAACUGUAGCUAAUUCGUUAAAGUCGAUGUUAGAAUAUGGGGAAUCUGACUUUGAAGAAGUUUUUGGCAUUAAUUUUGAAAUCAGCAGAGAGGUAUUUGGUGAACAAACUGUCGUCCCUCUCAAGCCAAAUGGUGGCAAGAUACCAGUAACUCUCGAAAACAAAAAAGAAUAUGUCGACUUGUAUGUGGAUUAUAUUUUUAAUAAAUCAGUUUCAUCUAUGUACGAGCCAUUUUCUCAAGGUUUCAUGAAAGUUUGUGGUGGUCGCGUGUUACAACUUUUCCAUUCGCACGAGUUGAUGGCUGUAGUUGUCGGAAAUGAGAAUUAUGAUUGGCAUGCCCUUGAAGAGUCUGCCGAAUAUAGAAAUGGUUAUUCUUCCUCUGAUCAGACAAUUCGGUGGUUUUGGGAGGUUAUUCACGAAAUGCCCUUGCAAGAUAAAAAGAAAUUUCUACUAUUCCUAACCGGCUGUGACAGAAUUCCAAUUCAAGGGAUGAAAGCAAUUCAGAUUGUUAUUCAACCAACCGGCGAUGAAAAAUUCUUACCAGUAGCACACACAUGCUUCAACUUAUUAGAUUUGCCUAGAUAUAAAACAAAAGAGAGACUGAGAUACAAAUUAAUCCAAGCUAUUCAACAAACUGAGGGAUUUUCACUUGUUUAAUGCUACUCUUGCCUUCUCACCAACAACAAUAAAAUCUAUUUUUUAUUACAAA